AAGCGUAAUGAUAAUUCUUUUUCCUUGCGUGUUUAAUCGAUGGAGCGGAACAGCGCCUUCGCUGUCACAUGUUUUAAUGCAGUAGCGACCCUUUGCGCAACGUUGCAGUGUUCCUAGAAGAGUCUCCCAGCUGUUUGUGAGCGAUAAUACUUUGCUACAGGAUACGCAGGCAGAAAUAAAUCCGGAAGACAAGAAGCAGACUUCGCCGACGCAUGUCACGACGGCGAGUGGCAGAAGCGAACAAAAGGAAAGAGCAGGCAAGCAAAAUAUCAUUUCUCCCCCAGCACUCAUCCCCGCGCUAUGACGUCAAAGGAUCGCGCAUGCGCUGUCGAGGCGAAAGGAAAGGCGCGGGAAGAGAGGGAGCGGCAGUCGAUGGUGUCGGGGGACCGGGCACCGGCCGAGUGGAGCCCGGGCGGUCGACCGCCGUGGUUGAACGCCGCGUCGAGGGAGAGCCGGUGACCUCCCGCUCUCUGCUGCGGCUCCACGUGGUGACCGACCUGCGCCGUGGGACAGCAACCGUCGCGCUGUGCCGGCUUGCAAGUGAGGUUUAUUGCGACUCAGUGCCAGUUGGUCUGCGAUUACUGUGCGAGCCGGAAGCACUUUGAUCUCAUGACAGGCGCUUUGUCAUGCAUUCCCGCAUUAGUGUAUCGCGAUGUUCGCGAAUGGUUUUCGUCUUACGCGUUUGCCUAAAUACUGGUCUUUGAACUGCAUAAGCACGGCACGGUGCGGGAAAGAUUCUCACAAGCCUCAUCCUAACACUUUGCGUUAGAAGGCGUUUUGAGAAGAUUAGCGCAACUUGCAUUUCCGAUUUUCCUUCGUGAACAGCAACUGGGUUCGGCAAAAACAAAAAGAGCACAUUGGAAGCUCGUGUCUCCGAACAAGCACCGCCAAGGACGCCUUCUUCAUGUAUGCGGUGGAGGACUGCGAUUUUGAUGACCGUUCUGUGUGCAAUUCAUAACGCAAGUAUACAUAAACUGCGCGUCUUCUCAUCGCUGGAGUUGGGACAGUUUGAUACGCGCUCUGGAAGCAGGGAAUACAAGUGCACGAGUUUUGGAAUACCACAACGAGAGAGCGUAGUGGUCGCAUUAAAGGAGCCCGAGCCCGUCGUUCUCCUUGCCCACCAUGCUGCAAAACUUCGAAACUUUACAAGAUCCUGAAAGGACAACAUCAACCCAAUCUUCACCAGAAGUCUUUUUAAGAAUAUGGGAAACCUUAUGUAUGUAGGUCUCCGACAGCUGGCUUGGGAUAUUAAAGACUGGCGCCUUGAAAGAUUUCUGUCGCCACAAAAGCCUUCGUCACUGCAGCAGCUUUGACUCGCAAGGAGUAGGACGGAAGGCAAUUCGCACGCCUGGCCAACUGUUCCAUUGCAGUAAAUAUACGAUAUGCAGUUAGGGCAGCUCUGACGGAAUCCGAUAUCGGUUUCAGCCAGCAAGAAUACGUCGGGUCCCUUCGGCCGUUAACUUUCCUCCUAUCUUUUUUCACGUUAUGGUUGCAGUAUCGAGAACGCGUUAAAAACUUAACUUGAACGAUUUUUACGUGAGGGAUACGAAACUCACAAAACAAAAAUAGGUUUGCUUUGGAGGAACCUUCUAGGGCCAGAGUGAGGAGAUGUGUGGUUUCGAAAGCUUGAUAUUAAGACGCUAGACACGUAGGAAUAGUCACAGAAUGACUUAUUGCUGGAUUUACUGUUUUAGAAGGAACUUACCCUGGCUAAGGGUUUCAAGUUAAUAAUUUUGCUUGCAUACUCAGCUCUACCGUGACAAUAGAUCAAUGCGGCAGUGCAUCUUGAGAAGCUGCACUAUAAACAGCCUAACAAAAUGUCUUAAUUCAGAACUUCUUCGUGAAAUUAUGUUUUGCUUAUCGAUAUGCACCGUUUCAUUCGCCGAACAGUUCAACGGAAAUUGGUUCUAACUACAGUGAAGCAAUGCAUAUUUGCAGAAGAACGACAUCGUUCAUUAAUUCUGCUUUUGAUGGAAGAUGCAAGUCUUUCCUGCAGCGAAGUGCAUUAAGUCGAUUUGCCUUCUUUGGCUUUAUAUUUUGAUUUCGUCGCCCAUUGCCUCCCCGAAGUCGCAUACUUGAAGUGCGCUCACGAGCCAUUUUGUUGUCCCCUCACUAUGCUGUAGUGGCAAGCAAGAAGUGAAUGAAAGCAAUAGCAAUUGUUUUUUUCAGCUGCGGUUUGUCAGGGCGCUAAGGCUCGUGGAAACGGCCUUGAAUCAUGGCAUUCAUGCAGGCGUUCGCACAGCCAUCACAUAACUGGCUUAUACGUGAAACUGUUCCUGCCAGCCAGGAGAAAAUAGAACUUACUUCCAAUAGAGCUCAUCUGACUGAAGGAAUGUUUUGGUCUCCCACAAGUAGAAAUCGCACCGCCGUAUGUCCUACCAUGUUCUUCCUCGCCGAAAACGUUGCAGAAACUUUCGAAGGCGUAAAUCAUGUCAGUUCUUAUGGAAUCCAUACCAUAUGCUACAUAACGGCUUAUUCUGUAACACUGAUUUAACUGUAAUCACUUGGCUGAGGGGUACCCCUCUAAAUUACGAGGAGCCGUCAGAGAAGCCAGCAGGCGUUCUCUGAAAGAAUCAUAUUUGUAUCGUGUCGUGAAAAAGUGCUGUGCAGCGAGAGACUUCGCCUUGUGAGUGACUGCUAAGGGAAACUGACUUUUUUUAAGAGUGAAGGAGCGCUGGAGCGUCCGAGGUAACUACAAGAGCGUAGGCGAAAGUGAAGAGCCAAUACCGUAGACAGCGGAGCCCAGUUAAGUAAGACAAGUCUCAAAAAGGCAGGAGGCGUGACGCCGGAAUGGGAGCAUGGCGCCACGCCUAGGAACCUUUGCUGGCCAUGCGUACAGCGCUCAACGGCACAGUCAACGAGAUCGGCGGUGGGCCGUACACUGCCCGGACGACUACCGCUACUACCGAAAUGGCCGGCAUGUCAUGGACGUCUAGCACGCGGCCCACUCCUCCUAGGCUGGGAAACGCACUGCGGCCGCCUAAGCCAACAGUGUCCAUGGACGCCCGACCUGUGCUUAUCCCAAUCCUGUCCUCGGUGGUUUGCUUCCCUAUCGUAGCGCUUGCUGUGAUCUGCGCCCUGAGAUACCGGGCCCAGAGGCUGCGCCGAAAGGAGCGCCUGCGCAGACUGCGCGGGGCAGGCACUCGCACAGAACGCCUGGACGGAUUGGGUCGGAGAGGCGAGAGGCCGUCCUUCUUCUCCCACGACUCCUCGUCAGGAGACGCCUCCUGCUGGCGGCCGCCUGACAACGUCGACGAGUUGCGCCGGUGCUCGAGACCCGGAGCCUCGUCUUCCUCUUCCUCCGGGGCCUACCACUUCGUGGACGAAAUCACCGGAGAGCGAGCGCUCGGCAGAAAGAAGUCCCUGUCGGCGAGCGCCGGCACUGCGGGGUCUCGCCGAGGCAGUCGCGUGACUUUCGGCGCGGCCGCUGCCGCCGCCACGGUGCUACAAGUGCCCGUGGUGUGCGAACGGCGGCCCAGUUCGCCCCGCUCGGCGCCGUCUUCUUCGUCUCCGCUGUCCACUUCGUCUCAGUCUCCUCCGCACGACCGGUCGGGUUCGGUGAGCUUCGCGGAAGAGCCGAGCUCGGUGCGGGACGCGGUGAACGGGUACGACGCCGACGCGGACGACGAGGACGACGCGGACUCCCCCAAGUACGCAGCCAAGGAGGCGGCGAGGUAGCCGCGGUGAGGCGGCGGCGAAGGCAGGCCCCCGCCGUCGUGAUUCCAUUGACUGCUAUUUGUUGCCGUGUUCAGUGCGAUAAGACAUCCCGAUCACCAGACUCGAUAGUAGAGGAUACACUUGAGGCCAGUGAUUUUGCUGAUGCGCCUUCUACGGAGCUUUUGUUCAUACCUGCUGUUGAAUUCCGUGUGGAAAUCAUAAAUUCUUAAUUGCCAGUCAGCUGUGGUUACUUUUCGUUCCACUAGUGCGUAGGAAAAUAAACGUUUUCUGUCGAGGAGCCUAUCAUCGUAUGUGGAGUUUUCCUAUAAAUGAGGAAUGAAGGUGAAAAAAGGCAGUUAUGACAUUAUUGCGUGUUUGAUUUUGACUUACUUCACUUCUGUGCUUUCUUUCUUAUUGAACUUUCUUGAGAAGUUGGCGACGUACAGGUGCUACACGAGGAAACACAAUUUCGCAACCAGAGAGCUAUAUGUAUGUCAGCUCUUUGCCAAUCAGGUACGCUCUUGACCAAUCAGUGCACAGUAUUCGGGUUCAUUUCUCACAGCUCUCACUGAAGACGUCUUGCACUUGCAUUUCACAAAUGGUAGUAUUUUUGUAGCUGUUUGUUUGUCAGAGUUCAUUAACUCGUUUGGCGUAGAUGGCUUAAACUGAAAACAGAUAAAAUCCAGCCUUGCGGGGUGGCCGCACAGGCACGUUUAAAUCAUGUCACCUCACAGCGCCAACUUUGGCCUCGAGACAACCGCAUCAUAGCCCUUCCGCACCCGAAGAGAGCAAUUGGUGAGAAGUUACCAUCGCUACCAACACCGGUAAAAUCUGCGUUAUUCUCUGGCAGUCUUCCCGGUAUUUGUCGUGUUGGUGGUGAUGGCAUGAACACUAUUAGGCGGUGGAAGCCUGCCGUUGUCGAUAGGUGACGCCGUCUUCGAAAGUGCCGUUGUUACUGAAGAAAAAGUGACUCGACGAGUAUUUUUCAUACAAGAUGGCACACAUUUCUUGAACUCGCGCAUUUUUCUAGAACUCGCGCAUUUGCUUGAUGCAUGCGCACUACUGCUCGUUUUAUUCGUUCGCAUAAAACUCCCACUCCGGGUACAGGACAGCGCAUCAUAAAUGCUUUGGCAUUAAAACUGCUAUAGCGCAUUUUACAGGAGUUGCGGAAAUUUUGUCAAGCAACAAUUAUCUGAUGCGCGAAAGCGCGGUUACCACGUGUUCAUACAUCACGGUAACGACAAACGGGUAUCAGCUGGAAAAAAGGGAACGUAGCGUAUGGUAUAGAAGUACAGCAGAGCUCCGCUCGUUAGGCUAGGAAUACGCAAACAGAACAUACUUGGCGCCUGCUAGCUUUCCAAGGACGCACGUUUUACCCAUACUAAAGCUAUAUUGUGUGGGAACCUUUCCAGCAGGUGCUCAUUAUCAUCGUAGGGUUUAAUGCCCCGUCUAGUGGGUGCAAAUGAAAACUGAGGCUGGUGUCUUGAUUUCAUCUUACCUUCAUAACCGAUGGUGAAAAUGAUACUUAGUGUAUAUAACACAUUCGAAUAAUGUGUAUUAGUGACAUGUCUUGCUCAAGGUGUCAUUUAUCAACAGUGGUCGAAUAAAGGAUGUCUCUACAGACACUGCUUUAGUACAAGCUCUUGGCUUCGCCAUUUACUUCUUUCUUAUGAAGAUAGCUCGUCUUUAGAAACGCUUGCAGCAGAGACAUCCAUUUUUCGACCCCUGUUGAUUACUUCCUCUCCAUCUUCGUGCAAACCUCUGUCAUGUGAAUUUCAAGGUGCCAUGCAUUCCUAGUUCUUAGAGACCGGUUCGCCACCAGUAUCAAACGGUUUGCAUUUAGAAAAUCUAACAAGUUUGCAUAAAAAUUUCAGAUCGCGCGCCUUCCUAGGAUAAUAGUUGAGGUAAGACUGCGUACAUCAAGUAUUACUGCUUGUUGCUCCGCUAGUUGGUUCAUACUUCGUGCAGUGAAAAUGACGAAAACACGCGAACGACCAAGCAGAAAAGCGGUUCCUUCGUGCCUGUUCGUUUCUUUACAUGUUUUCGCGUUUUGUGCACUACAAGGAGCAUCACAACAUUCACUUCCUCUUCAUUUGUUUAUUUCGGCUUCCGAUGAGAACAAUAGAAUACGCAUAAGCCAAAUGACCGAUACACGGUCUGAAGGUUGUUUUUUGGAGCGUACAUGACACAGAAGUCCUCGUUAACAAACGUGAACAUGCAUUCCUACAUUUAGCGAUGUCCUAUAUAUGCUGGGCACCUACGGUAGCUGCCCAUCAGUCAUGCGUCAUCAUUUUACAGGGGUGCGUUAACUACACUGUACCUGUCAUAAUGCAUACUUGUGUCAUCUCAGUGACAUAUAUUCUGGACCUUCGUGGUCUUUACCCGAGACCAUUGUAGACCUUUCUAGACAAACCUGAUUUACGCCUGACUAAAACGAAAUGGAGCAAACUUUUAUUUGAGAGGGGAAAACCCUUGAAGUUCUUUUUUUUCAUUGCCUAGGAGUAUUUAGCCUUCAUGACAGCUGCUAUAUAAUUAGGCUUGCACUGUCUUACAACCUGUUCCGAAAGAACAGCCAACUUUUGCUAUGCUUAGUACAAGGAAAAAAACAUUUGCAAUAUGUGGCUGAAUGCUUUGACUGAGCUUGAGGGUAGCAUACUUCAGUUGCCUUCCAUACUGUUGAAAGCAUCAGAAAUGGAGUGUUUAGUGCACCGAGUUUGAAAUGAUAACGCUCCAUGUGAUGUUUAAUGUCAGUAACGUGAAAGGGAUAGUGCCUGUCUGAUCUCACUGCGAAAGCUCCACGAGAGUUAACUCUAGUACACUCAUGUAGUGAGAGGUGGACAAGGACUGUAAAGGGUGAACUCUCAGGACAAUAUAAAACGUAUGCACAAGAAUUUGAAGAGUGUGCAGUUCCGCUCUGCGGAGUGAACAAACUGUUUCUGAAUAACACAGUGAUGAAUACCUUUCUAAUAAAUAUCCUUUUACUGCGAUGAAGUGAAACAUUUGUCCAGGAAUUGUGUUUUCCGUGAAAUAAAUUAAGGAAAUAUUUUGCUACAGCAGUUGCCUCUUACCGCACGCGCAAUAAUCAGUCUCACAUGUCCCACUUCUGAUUAACCAGUGACGAUGUCAGAACUCCUUGUGUAUGUUUAAUAAGUGUGUGGUUGUAUAGCCCUCGAAGGAUCUCACCUGUGCUCACAAAUCUGCGAUGUAACGUUUCGUGCAAGUGAAGAUUAUCGGCGUGCUAAUUAUACCAGUGCAAUCUGAAUAAAGAAGGCUUUGUUGUCAUGGUC